AUGAACCAGUACCUCGACAAGGAGAUCGACAAACGCUUCGAAGAACUAGCCAGCUCUCGCGGAAACUCUGCGAAGAAUUCUCGCUCACAAUCUCGGUCUAUCAUUGCAUUGGCUAUGGACAAGUACCUAAACGAUGUAGAGAACAAAGAAGAGGUGUCAAAAUCGGCCUUCAAGCAGCUCGCGAAGCCUCAACUUCGCUUAUUUCUCUACGCUGGCCACGAUACCACGAGCAGCACAUUGCUGUACAGCUAUCUACUCCUAUCUCGCCACCCACUUGUUCUGUCCAAAGUCCGUGCCGAACACGACCAGGUAUUUGGCCCCGACUUCUCUCUUUCCAACAUCACCCAGUCCAUCACAACCGACCCCACCCUCCUAAACCAACUCCCCUACACCCUAGCCGUCGUCAAAGAGGUCCUCCGCAUCUUCCCACCAGCCGGCAGCAUGCGCGCCGGCCGUCCCGAUCUCUUCCUCUCCGAUGAGCAUGGCCAGCAAUAUCCCACUGCCGGCUGUCAAAUCUGGACGCUCAGCCUCGCAAUGCACCAUAACCCGUCCGUCUUCACACAGCCCGAAGACUUCAUUCCGGAACGCUGGCUCGUCGGACCUGAUGACGCUUUGUAUCCGAAGAAAGGCGCGUGGAGGGCGUUUGAGUGGGGGCCUAGGGCGUGUAUUGGACAGACGCUGGCGCAGUUGGAAUUGAAGGUUGCGCUGGUUAUGACGGUUAGGAUGUUUGAUGUACAGGAGGCAUAUGGGGAGUGGGAUGAGAUGCAUCCGAGAAAGGGGGUUAAGAUGGUGGAUGGGAAUCGGGCGUAUCAGGCGGAGAUGGGGGGAGGGGGAGCGCAUCCUGUUGAUGGGCUCCCGGUUAGGGUCACGAUGCGGGUGUAG